GUAAGUUGCAAAUAAUUCACGGCCAUCCAUAUCUUGAUAUUAGCCACAAAACAAAACAAAUAACAUUUAGUAUGAUGCAAGAGUUACCUCCACAGUCAACGCAAUUGGGGCCGCUGUGAUGGCUACUGCUGCCGCCACUACUAUGCUAGCCGAGUCCUUUACUACCACUGAUAAUGAAUUUAAUGCUGAUUCUUCUACUGCCGCUGUCUAUGAUGCUACUACUACCGCAGAUAAAGAGGAUACAAUAAGAACCGCUGCUGAAACUGACUCUCGAAGCUAUGAAGCAACCAGCACUAGUACUAUUACUCCCACCACUGACGAUGACACUAUUGCUUCUGCACAUCUUACCUGGGAUAAGAUACCAGCGGAUGAUCAUGAAUUGCGCCUUCAUUAUUUGGCCCAUAAAAAGUGUUCUCCAAGUGCACUUUUAAGUGAAGAAGAGAAGAUGUAUUUGAGUGAUUACAAAAGCAAUGGCUCUCCCAAGGCGGAUCUAUUAUUUAUUUGCGCAUCUCUACUUUUGAAAGAAGAACUCACGUGUGAAGAGGAUGCAUUGCUCGAAUUGAGCCUUUCCGGAAUUUACAACUAUCUGAAUCCAUAUAUGAAGAAAGUAUACCAAGAGAAGUUGAAUAGAUCACCGCCCUCCACAGUAAUAACUACAACCACUGCCACAAAUUCCGUUGCUGAAGCCAUGACAGGCGUUCGUAAUUUGCUUGACAGCGAGAAAGAUAUGGAUGAUAUACUGUAUAAAGUGCAGUUGGAAAAAGCCAGACUUGUCAAAGAGAAGUUGAGACACAGUGACAUGUACAAGGCGCUAGCAAUUCUGGAGAAAAUGUAAGUAGAACAAUAUACGGAAAUCUUGAACAUUCUAUUAACAACUGCCA